AUGGGAGGUGAUAUGCUGUGGCCGCAGGUUCCUGUGGGCAACAAGGACCACACCGAGGCAGCCGUGGUCAUCAUCGGAUCUGGUAUUUCGGGCAUGUGCACCGCAAUCGAUCUGAUCAAAAGGAACAAUUGCCGGAACUUUAUUAUCCUAGAGAAAAGCGGUGGGCUUGGUGGCACCUGGCGAGACAACAAGUAUCCGGGAUGCUGCUGCGACGUCUGGUCACAUCUGUACAGCUACUCCUUCGAACAGAACCCGGAUUGGACCAGAGAGUAUCCCGGACAAGAGGAGAUCUUGCAGUAUCUUAUGGGUGUCGCACAAAAGUACGAGCUAUACCGUUAUGUUCGCUUCAACACCGCUGUCGAGUCCGCGAAGUGGGACGACGCAGAAAAAAAGUGGAAGACAACCGUGUCUGUUCAGGGCGUCAAAGAUGCCGAGUUCGGGAGCACAUAUACCAUCACCUCCGACUUCCUGGUUUCUGCAGUCGGACAGUUGAACGUGCCGAGACUGCCGGACAUCCCAGGUGUUGACGACUUCCGGGGCAAAAUCAUGCACAGCGCCCGUUGGGACUGGAGCUAUGAUUUGCGAGGGAAGAAAGUCGCAGUCAUCGGUAAUGGGGCCACGGCUGCACAGAUUAUUCCAGAGAUUGCCAAGGAGGUCGGCCAUCUCACUGUCCAUCAGAGGACACCCAACUGGGUCAUUCCUCGCCUAGACUCGCCCAUUCCACAGUGGAAGAGGAGUGUUUACAAGUAUCUCCCCUUUGUCCGAUGGCGGAAGCGAGCCGAUAUGAUGGAUUUCCGGGAAGGCUUUCAUGCGGCCGUCUUUGACAACGCAUCGGCGACAGCACAAUUCCUCGAGGCACAAAGCAAAGAUCAUCUCCACGCCCAACUUCCAGACCGACCCGACUUGUGGGAGAAGCUUCAGCCGAACUACUCAAUUGGUUGCAAGCGCGUCAUCAUCAGCGACGAUUACUUCCCGGUGUUCCUUCGUGACAAUAUCCGAUUGGAAACUGGCAAGAUCGACAAGAUCACCGCCAACGGCAUCGUCACCGACGGCCAGGAGGAGGAUUACGAUCUCAUCGUUCUCGCUACAGGGUUCCGCACGGUCGAGUUUAUGCAUCCCAUUGACAUCACGGGCAGCGCCGGCCGCACUUUGAGCAGCAUCUGGAAGGAGGGUGGACAAGCUCUGUAUGGUGUGACCGUUGAGAGUCUCCCCAACUUCGGCAUGCUCUACGGGCCAAACACGAACCUGGGACACAACAGCAUUAUCCUCAUGAUCGAGACGCAGAGCAAAUACAUCAACACCCUGAUCAAAGAAGUCAUUGACGCCCGGAGAAACGGUGGCAGCUUAGUGAUCCAGCCUAACCCGACGAAGGUCCAACAGUACAACGAAGAAAUUCAAUCGGAGCUCGAGAAGAGCAGUUUUGCGGACCCUAACUGCAACAGCUGGUACAAGGUCAAGGAAAGUGGUAAGAUUACCAACAACUGGAGUCGCACGGUCGUCGACUAUCAAAAGCUUCUCAGCAAUGUCGACUGGUCGGAUUACGAUCUUUCUGGAAGGUCAGCAGAUAAAGUAGCGAAGCAAAAGCGUACGCACAUUGGGCGGGUUGUUGAAGAGUCGCAGGUUAGCUAUCAGACCAUGGGUCUCACGGCUCUGAGCUUAGCAGCUUCUUUUGUGUGGUCUACUCAAGGAAAAAUGGGCGUGGGGCACAUAGUGAUUGGCAAACCGAAAUUUCGACAUCCAGCGUGGGAUGGGUCUAGAAGCCGUGUGAACGGCGCCCCUCAAACCUUUCGCAGAGUCUCUCAAGCGACUACGCAUUCACAAACACAGUCACAGACUCGAGAAAACGCGAACGCAGCACCAUCCACUGCCAAUAACGGCGGUGUGUACAUCCCUCCUCACCUCAACGUCAAUAACCCGUCCAUGCCUCGACACCUUCCUCUUGGCGACACCCGCUACUCCAAGGACCAACUUCUGAAUAUAUUCCAGACUCUCAAAGAUUCCUCGGCCCUUGAUCGGAACCUUGAGGACAUCUUUCUGGGGACCUGGAAUCCUUUGAACAACCAAAACGGGGCGGGCAGUCAAGUGGCCGGUGGCGACGGAAAGGAUCAGACUGCUGGGCCAGAGGUCUGUUGGAGUUACAACAUAAACCCAGAGCCGUUUGGCUUGACAAUGAUGACAGAAGAAGAAAAAAUACUUUUUUCCGGUUCGGUCAAUUCGCCAAUCAAACCGCAGCAAAAUACCACCAAAGAAAGCACCGGUGUAGGAGUGAUCGGCGGACGCAAGGCUUCUCUGUCAAACUACAAUAGCACGACUGGAACUUCGAGACCAGGAACCCGCCGUAGGGAGACGAGCGAUUCCUUCAUGAGUAACGGCCCGAUGUCGCCUGUAGAAACGAAGACCUUUUUCCGAACAGAAUCGAACACCGCAACCCCUCCACCUGCUCUCUUACGACGUCGAACGGACUACAAGGAGGAAGAAGCCACGCCUACUACCAAAGAAGACCCUGAGCCGGACGAAACCCCUGAAUCCCAACCCUCACUUCCGGGAUUACGCAGAGCAGGUACUGGUCCCUUGAGCGCAGGCUUGAAUCCUCCCUCAGCGUCGCCCUGGUCAGCGGGAGCGCAAGCAUCGGCUUUUGGAUCUAUGGGUACGUUUGGCAGCUUUGCGAUAGGAGCUGCAAGCACGCCAACCGACUCUGCCGAAAAGCGGCCCGGAUUUGGCAGCGCGCGCAGUGCAAGCCGCUUCAAGGAUCUCUUGUCCAAGUCGAGUUCAGAGGAUGUCUCACAACCAGGGAAAGAAAAGGGUCCGUUUGGAGCAUUAGAAAAGCUGCCGGAAGAGGAUGCGGAUGCCAGCCAGGCGAAAUUGCGCGACGAGCUCAGGACUCGUCCAGGACGUAGUGAGACCAACCCAUAUGAGGACGCUCCAGUCCGGGCGGGAAGCGCAGCUUUGGGCGGCGCUCAGGAGGGGCUGCCCGCCAGCGCAGGCAUUGAACAAAUGGGCAUGUCUGCGUUUGGUCCUCAUGCAGCGAUCGGUACUCGUGAUUUCGGCCACGAGGACUCGUAUCAGCAGACGCCCCACGGACGAUACAAUCUCCACGAACCCAUGAGCCCAACGAACACCAACCCAUAUCAAAGUCCCCACGGUCGUAUUGAGGAUGACGAGCGUGACACAAAUGACUCCGCAUCCCAAGCUUCAGGUCUCCCACCCUUUGGUGGCGCUGCUCGUCGAAGCAUGUAUCCCGGUUCCGACGAUCGAAGUCAUUCAGCAAGCGGUCUUCGCAGCACCAGUGGCUUUGGUGGUCUGUCGGGCUUCGGUGGCCUCGGCGGCAAUCCUACUUGGUCCGGCGCUGGCAUUGGAUCAACCAAACCUGCAAUGGAUCGAGGAAUUUCGUCCGCAUUUGGCGAUCCCAUAUUCAGUCCUCUGUCCGAGUUGCAGUCGCCGGGCGGCCUCGGAGGCGGUUUUGGUGGGUUUGGCUCUGGAGGCCGUGCUGCUCGGCUUGGAGCCAUGUUGCCUGCAGCAAUGCAAGAGCAAAUCCGCGUCGACAGCAGGAAUGAGACAGCCUCUUUCGACUCUCGUCCUGACAGUGCUCAGCAACACCCUAUUCGCGAUCCUUUCGACGGCACUAACCGCAGACCAGAAGAGUUUGGUCAUCCAUCCGGUCUCUUCGAAGAGUCUCCUUCUAUGAGGAGCGUCGAAGAGCCUCUAAAUUCCAACCAGCCCGGUCAACUUGGACCUCCGAGCUCAGGACCUCCCACAACUUCGGUCUCGAUAUCCGGUUCAGGUUCACAAACGGCGGCACCGAGAACGGGCGGAUCGGAUAACUAUCAGUCCGGCCACGGUCUCAGCCAAUCGAGCGGCAGCAAUUCUUCGAGUCAAUUGCCAGCUGCGCAACAGCGACAAAUGGUCAUGCCGGACCGGAUGCGGUGGAUCUAUCGUGACCCUCAAGGAAAUACUCAAGGGCCAUGGUCAGGUCUGGAGAUGCACGACUGGUUCAAAGCCGGGUUCUUUACCGCAGAGCUACAGGUGAAGAAGCUUGAAGAUGCCGAAUUUGAGCCACUCGCUCAACUUGUGAGACGCAUAGGUAACUCUCGCGAGCCUUUCUUGGUGCCCCAGAUCGGCGUCCCUCAUGGUCCUCCUACUGCCGGCCCAGGAAAUAACUGGGCCAAUCCCUCUAUGGGAGGAUCAGCUGGCGGUACGGCCCAACCACCCUUUGCUAACAGCUUCCCAAGCUUUGGCACGACUCUGACCGCUGAACAACAAAACGCUUUGGAAAGACGGAAACAAGAAGAGCAGUACCUGAUGGCGAGACAGAAGGAACACCUGGCGCAACAACAAAUGGCUAUGAAGAUGCAAAUGCAGAAUGGUAUGCAUUCACUACACCAUCAUUCAAGUGCCCACUCUCUACAAAGCCAACCCAGCUUCGGAAGCAUUACUUCGCCCACUGGUUAUCAACCCUCACCAAUCCAACCGUUGAUGCAACCCCCCCAGCAAAGUCUACCUUUCGCUCAUCACGCUGGGCCUGCUGCGGGACCAACCUUCGGCCGCGAAGAGGAUAUUCAUAACAUGAUGGACCGUCUAAGCUUCAAUCAACGUGCAAAUAUUCCCUUUACAAGUGCUCCUUUAGGCCCUCCACCGCCAGAAGUUGUCCCUUCCUCCCAACAAGUCAAUGCCAUGCUUCAAGAUAGAGCACGGCUGCAGCAACAGCAGCAGCAAAACGAUAUGCGUGGUCAUCAGGACGCUUUUUUAGGCCCGCAGGGCCGCAACGAGCGGCUGGACGAGUUCCACAGACUGCGUGGACAAAUAGACAUACCAGCUGGUCGUCUCGGCCCUGAAGAGUCUCGCCCUCAACCCAUUGGCGCACCUCGCCAAGUUAGUGAGCAACCUGCCACGUCGGCGCCACCAAAGGUUCCGGCUCCAAUUGGACACGCAGCUGUUACUGCUAAGCCGGAGCCGGAGCCCCUUUCUCUGGCUCAACAAGUACAAAUUGCUGCAGCCAGUCAACAAGCAGCUGCCGAAGAAAGUGCAUGGACAAAGAAGGACACUCCAGUCGAACCCCCACCCGUCUCGAUUUCACCUUUGCCCGCUCCAGCAGCCCAGCGAAAUAGGCAACACGUUGCUGACGCUCUAGCCGCGGAGUCCAGAUCGGCAACCCAAACACCCAUCGAGACUCCUGUCGUCUCCGUUGCACCAUGGGCCGAGCGGACCGCUGAACAUGCCAAGGGUCCAUCUUUGAAGGAAAUCCAAGAAGCUGAGGCUAAGCGGGCCGCAGAACAAGAAGAAAUUGCAGCUGCCGCACGACGUGCACAGGCAGAGCAGGAGAGGUUGGCUCAAGUUCAGGUUCCAGCUCCUGCCCCAGGUCUUCCAUCAACUUCAACGUGGGGUAGCUCUACAUCACCUGCGACACCUGGCUCUCAAGCCGCAUCUGUCUGGGCGAAGCAAACCCCCGCAAAAGUAGGUGUCGGAGUGAAUGCAGUUCCUAAGAAGACGCUAGCCCAGAUCCAGAAAGAAGAAGAGUCUCGUAAACAGCGCGCCGCCGCCGCCGCCGCCGCCACCGCAGCUGCUGCGAGUGCACAAAAUGCUAGUAAUUCGGCCACGGCUUCAGUUGGCAAAAGAUAUGCUGAACUGGCUGGCAAAGCUGCCCCAGCUAAUCCUAUUCCAUCGGGCGGCGUCUGGACGACUGUAGGCUCAGGCGGUAAGGCCAAGGCCCCGCCUGCUGUUGUUGCAACACCCCAGCCGGUAUCCCGAGCAGUGUCUGCCGGAAGCGCACCCAAGGCACGGCCAACUCUGCAAACCCCUCGAAGCACCACGCUCACCAACCAGAGCAAAGCCAACGAAGAAUUUACCAAGUGGAUCAAAGGGUCGCUCGGGAAGGGGCUAAACAGCGGUAUCAAUCUCGAUAAUUUCGUGCAAGAUCUGCUGCAGCUCCCACCUGAUGUCGAAAUCAUAUCAGAUAGUGUCUAUGCAAGUUCACAGACCCUGGAUGGACGUCGCUUCGCCGAGGAGUUUGUACGCCGCCGGAAGCUGGCCGACAAGGGCAUCGUUGAGCCUGCCACGGGAGUUCAACCAAUGAUGGGGAUCGGCGGAGGCGCGGAUACUAAGAGCGCGGGUGCUGCGGGAGGCGGUUGGAGCGAGGUCGCUAAGAAGGGCCCGGCGAACGCCAAUGCUGCGAAGGACGAGAGCAAUGCACAGUUCAAGGUUGUUGCGACGAAGAAGAAGGGGAAGAGAUGA